GACGUCGUGAGUUGAAUUGAGUACCUAUUUCUGUAAGUUAUAAUAUUUUGUAGUUUUUACGUUGAAAAAUCAAAUUGUGACUUUCAUUUUAUAAUUUUGUGUUGAAGUGUUAAAUUAACGUUUAUAUUUUAGAUGAUAAUUGAUAAUUUAGAGUUUAUACUUAUUUACAAAUUUGAAAACUCGUCCAAUAUUAGGUACUGAUAAUCGUUUAUUCAAUUUACCGUAAAAAAUAAUUAAUAAAUCCAAGAGUAAUUUUUUAAGCACAACAAAAAUGGCAUUGCGGGUGGCUAUUACUCGAUGGCAAAUUAAUACAAUAAGUUUUAGGCCAUCCUCAUUACAUAUUAAUAAUUCAUUUAGCCGAAUGAAACAUUUCAACAGUAAUUCGCCACUCGCUAAAUACACUAAAAAACCACCUAACAUUAUACGUAUUAUCAGUACUGGUGUUGCCAUUGGAGUCAUAAUCGGAACAACAUAUGUAUAUUUUUCGGAAUAUGAACGAAAAUUACCCGGUGCCUUAAUAAAUACACCAACAUCGGUACCAAUAUUACAGAAUUUGCCUUCUGAUUUGAAGGUCACCCGUAAAGUAUGAUAAUGAUCUAAAGUAUAAUAAUUCAUGAAAUUUUUAUCAUGUAUACAGUUAAUUUCAGGUAUGGCACAACAAUGUUGAAAAUGCUGAUAUAAUCUUAUUUCAAUAUCCAACUUGUCCGUUCUGCUGUAAAGUACGAGCAUUUCUUGAUUACAAUAAGGUGCCUUAUGAUAUCGUUGAAGUAGAUCCUAUGCUUAAACAACAAAUAAGCUGGUCAAGUUACAAAAAGGUUCCCAUUUUAUUGGUAAAAUGUCACGAUGGUUAUCAACAGCUUACUGACAGUACAAUGAUCAUAUCUGCCAUGGCUACAUAUUUAAAAAACAAAGCGUUUGAUAUUCAAGAUGUUGCAAAUUUUUAUCCGCCGGUUACUUUUAUUGGUGAUGACGGAAAGAGAAAAACAGAUAUUAUGAACAAAUAUUUUAUUAUGAAUGAAGAUGAAUCCAAUAAAUCAGUUCAAUUGAAUUUUACGUAAUCAAAAAUAUUUUCAUAAUAUGAAACAAAAUGUAUUUAAUAUUUUAUUAUUUUAUUUUUAGUGAUGAAAGAAAAUGGAGACAGUGGUCAGAUGAUGUUUUAGUGCAUGCACUAUCACCAAAUGCUUAUCGUACUCUAUCUGAAGCUGUAGAUUCUUUUAAAUGGUUUUCAAUAGCUGGUGAAUGGGAGAAAAAUUUUCCUUUUUGGGAAACCAGUCUAAUGAUAUACGGUGGUGCCUUUAUGAUGUGGAUUAUUAGUAAAAAAUUAAAGAAAAAGUACACAUUUAUUUUUUUAAAUCAUUCUGAAUAACUGAUGAUACAUUUCUUUGUUUAUAAGGUAUAUGCUAAAUGAUAAUGUUCGUCAAUCAUUAUAUGAUGAAUGUAAUACAUGGGUCGCAGCAGUCGAAAAAAAUGGUGGAAAAUUUAUGGGCGGUAACAAACCAAACCUAGCCGAUUUAGCUGUAUACGGUACUCUUUCGAGCAUUGAAGGUUGUAUGGCGUUCAAAGAUGUACAAGAAAAUACUAAAAUUAAUGAUUGGUAUAGAAAUAUGAAAACAGUUGUAUUAUAGUAUUAAAUAUUGUUCCUAAUGUUAAUUUAAUCUUUUAUAAUAUAAUAAAUAGUUAAAAUGAAUUAAUGAUUGCCCUUCAUAGUACACAUUGAAUUUUAAUUACACUGAAAGUUAGAUUCUUUAUUCAAAGUUAUCAAUUUAGAAUUUUAACCAUAUUAACUUUAAUAAAUGGAAACAAUUUGAUUUCAAUAGCUGUAACUCAUCUAAUAAUAAUAAUAAUAAUUGGUACUUAAAAAUGUUUAACUUUUAACCACUACCUAAUUUAAAACCUUAUUUACUAAUAUAAGAGGCUUGUUUUUUUCUGAUAUUUUAAAUGUUUAUAAAAUAAAUAUAUGUUACACCUCAGUAUGUCGUAACUUCACAAUAAUACCAAUAAAAUCAAUUUUCUAUCAAUUCUUUUUUAUUACUAUUAGAAAUUGUACUUUUGCGUCCAUUAUUUAUAUUUCAUGUUAAAACAAUCUGUGUGUUAAUUUCAAUAGUAUACUCUACUCUACAAAAUUAACUUCAUAUUUUAGAAAUUGGUUUUAAAUAACUUUUAUAUUAUGUUUGUAUAAUUAUUAUUAUACAUAUACAGGUACAUUGAUUGUAUAUUACAUAAUCAAUGGUAUAAUACGGUUUAUGCAUAUAGUAAAAAUAGACUGAUAAUGAUAACUUAAUUUUUCAUUGUUCUGUACAAAGAAUAAAAUAGUAACAUUUAUGUGGCAACUCAGAUUACACGUACUCAUUAAAUACAAUUAUAUGCCAUACAUUUAUUUGUUUUUUAGUGUAUUUUGAAUGAAGAUCAUUCUAAUGAAACUAUAUCUCUGAUGAUUUUAUUCUAGGAAGUAUAUAUAUAUACAUUUAUACCAUGAUUAAUAUAUUAUAUGAUACGAUAUCACUGAAGGUAUCAACUUUUUGAUAAUUUAAAUUUGGGAAAACAAGCCUUACAAUAAUAAAUCAUAUAUUACCAAAGUUAAUGUUUGAAGAAAAACCACCACACUCUUAGUUUUAAUAUGACAUCAUGUAUUUAAACACAACUAAUUAUUUAAAAACAAUUUUAACUUCUGG